AUGAACCCAGUCCUUCCAGUAUCGGACAUACCGGGGUCUAGCUCUGUGGAGGAGCAAGAUGUCGUCGCAGACCUGACAUGCCUUUUGCACAAAAAUAUUUCGUUGACCGAGAUCCGUCACAUCGUCGAAGACCUUGAGAUCAACCUCCGCAUGCGGCCAGAUCUCAGCAACCUGAUAUUCAAGCACGUUUUAGAAACACGGCUUGACUCUGGAUGGACAACUGCUGAAAUCUAUGAAUUUCUCGAGGAUCCGUCAUUGAAUCCCCUAGGCUCGCGCAAUUUCACAGACUUGAUCCGGCGUUUGACGCUAGGGGAACUCGUUCUACCAACAAUUAUUGAACACAUCGACCAUUUAAAACAGAACCUCGCUCUUGGAUCGAUAGCUUCAGCCGAGUUUGAAGAAAUCAUUAUCAACCUGCCAUAUCUUACAACCUCUGAGGGCACAUUCGCCGCAUCGAACCCUGAGCUGCUGAUAGCGAGCUACAUCGAUUUUUGGAGUGGCAUGAUAUCUUCCUCCGUAUUAAAGCCGUCGGAUCUCGAGAUACCGACCCUGAACCUGUGGUUGGAGCAAGUGAUGGCUAUUCCAGGAAGCGAAGACUCGAUAUCACUUUGCGAAAACAUUAUCCACGCUCUCAGAUUUAAGGGGAUAUCAGAUUGGCAAACCAUGUCUAACGUUAUACUUCACAUACUCAACUUUAUUAUCUUGGAUCAAUCAUCUUCAAUCCAGGAUGAAUCCGCCAAGUCGAAAAGCAGAAGGCUACGCAAUCGUCUUCGCGACGUAUGGGCUAUACUGCGGUACCAAGAUAAUGAUAUUGCUUGUCAAACUAUAAUCCACACCACAGAAUUCUUGGUAUCGACACAGCAAUACGAUGAGAAUCGACCCCAGGUGCUACUACUUUGGGCGUGGAUGUUGCAGCGCAUGAUCCAAGUCCGUAAUAUUAUUUCCGGAAAGCCGUGGACGGACUUUCUCACUCUCAGGGAUGUACCGCGUUCGCAAUUCCAGUCUAAGUUCAAACUAGACCUUGGCCUGCGGGAAAGGUGCUUUCUGUAUAUGUGGAUGCUGAGAACCCUAGGCCAACGCACAAAAUUCUACUACAGUGUUGAUAAAGAGCGAAUGAGUCUUUUUGAGAGAUAUCUUGAUCACCUAAAAGGUCUCUCGGGGAUCAACGAAAAGGGUGGCAUGUUGGAUGAAAUGCAAACCCUUAUGACAGCAUUUCAAGAUAGGGGCCUUCCAUUCACAGACCAUGUCCUCGUAGCUGCGGCUAGAUCGAAAUAUCAGAAGCGGCUGGGGAUCACAGACUCUACACCGGAAUCGAUGAUAAAGGAGCUGAAUGUACUGGAGUGUGGCCCCUUACAAAAACCAGAGGCAAUAUGGGACUACGAUAGAGAUAUGUCGGUGAAGACGUUGGGUGAAGCGCUCUUCAGGCAGACUGCACGGGAGACGGAUAUCACUGAUCCAGAUUUCGUGCGUCGAAUGCUGAUUUACAUCGAAACAGGGAAAUCCCACUACCGAGGAAUGCUCAUGCACCUCCUGUCUGAACACAAGCCACUCAGAUAUGCCUUGGGCCGGUUACAAGACUCAUUGCCUGGCGAAGGGACCGUGCAAGCUACACAAUACCUAGAUGAAGGACUGCCAGUCCUCGAUCCACAAGCCUGCCUCAACACGAUUAAUUUCCUCGCAUUAAGUUUUGCCAGUUCGCCCUCUAUUUCUGAUCGCACAUCGUGGAGGUGCACGUACUGGUGCUAUUCGCUUCUUUCAUCUGAAAGAGCCCCUAUAUUGCCUGCUAUGAGUCGAGCUCUGUAUCAUGCUGGGAUACGGAGGAACUAUGAAUCUGGCAAUCCGGUUCCAAAAGAACGGCGAAAAUUCAUUAUGGAUGUUGUAGCGGAAGCUGAGGGGAAAAAUGUGGCUAAUAAUUUAAACUGA